AUGUCCACCACACUAGCUCUUGCCUUGCUAGAUUUCAACAACGUGUUCAUCAUUGAGUUUGAUGCAAUCAGGAGUUGGCAUGGUGUAGUUUUAAUUUACAAAGUGGAGAGUCUGAAGAUUGUAUUAAUUGGUUGGCAUUUCCAAAUCCAAACUAGUCACAAGAGCCUGAAGUAUUAUUUGGAGCAAGGAAUCUAUUCUAUGGAACAACAAAAGUGGACUAACUUGUUGGGCUAUGACUAUGUGAUUAUUUACAAGAAAGGGGCCGAGAAGUUGUGGCAAAUGCACCCUCAUGACUUCAAUCCCUCCAUUUUAGACUCUUUAGCUGUUUAUGUACGUGCAUGUGGUGGUGAAGGUGUUCAAGUUCAAGGGCACUUGAAGUUUGAUCAUGAUAUACCCUCUGCCAAGAGAGAUUACCAGUUGAACUACAGAUGCACAGCCGAGCAGAUUUAUUCUAUUUGCAUUUUGUCUAAUUUCUCUGUACAUGAUAAUGCUAAUGCAAAAGCAGAUUUGACCCUUAAAAGAGAAAAAAUAUUGAAAAUUAAGUGGAGAUUCAGCAUCCGAUCCAGAUGGAGAAAUGAUGCAGAACUGGUAGAGCUUAUGGGAAAAGUACAAAAUGGUCAGGAAACAGAGUUCAGCAUUUCAGAUGAUGGAGCCUUGAGGUUUCGUACUAGGUUAUGCGUUCCAGCUAACCUUGAGAACAAGAAGGUUAUUCUGGAAGAAGUACAUCGGUCUCUGUAUACUGUACAUUCGGGUAGCACUAAAAUGUAUAGGGAUCUUCGAGAGUCCUUAUGGUGA